AUCUGUACAGUGGGCACAAAAGUCGCACGUUUGCAUAAUUGUUUACGUAAAGGGAGGUUACGUCAGAGUCUUUUUGACAAGCAUGAGGCGCAUACUCAGUACGAGUCUAUUAAGACAUUUCAGACCGUUUGGUAGAAAUUCUCCCUCUCGUAUCGACCUGACUGUGGGGGAACGGAGCGCCUUUUUGCUACAUUUCUGCAUUAAAACCGCAAGUGACCGCAGUAACAUGGACCUGAGUAACAUGAGGAAGAAAUACAGGGACGAUGACGAGUGCUUUGAGGAGAGUCAGCUUGUGUCUUUGGAUCCCAUCAAGCAGUUUGGAAACUGGCUUGAUGAAGCAACAAAGUGCCCUAAAAUUGAAGAGGCCAAUGCUAUGUGUAUCGCCACGGCCACCAAGGAUGGACGUCCAUCCGCUCGUAUGGUCCUGCUGAAAGGUUACAACAACGAAGGUUUCCGUUUCUUCACAAACUACGAGAGCAGAAAGGGUACUGAGUUGGAGAGUAAUCCAUACGCUUGCCUGGUUUUUUACUGGGAACCGCUUAACAAACAGAUCCGUAUUGAGGGCUCAGUGGAGAGGAUCCCCCACCAGAGCUCCUGUGAAUAUUUCCAUUCGCGGCCAAAGCGCAGUCAGAUCGGGGCCGUCGUGAGCCUACAGAGUACUCCAAUUCCUAACAGAGAUUAUCUAAGGAAGAAAAAUGCUGAACUAGAGGAGAAGUACAAGGACACAGAGGUACCAAUGCCCGACUACUGGGGUGGCUACAUGGUCAAGCCUUACUCGAUUGAGUUCUGGCAGGGUCAGACCAACAGACUCCACGACCGCAUCAUUUUCAGCAAGAUGAAGGACGGAGAGAAACUGGGGGAGUUCCAGCAUGAAGCAGAGGGAGGCUGGGUGUACCAGCGACUUUCUCCAUGAAAACUAACUCCACAGAUGUUUCAUGCAGAACAUCAUGAACCUCAAAAGUAACCAACAUCUAAAGGGACUGCUGUAAAACAAUUUGAUUUUGUUAAAUCUGUGUCGACUGUGCUAGUAGUCAUGAACCAUCUGAACGCUGUGUUGAUGCACCCUGACUGUACUGUGCAACUUGACGUUUUCUUUAGAUUUUUUUAAAAGAAAUGAGAAAAGUCUGUUACUCGAUGCACAAACAAUCUCCUUCACAUAGUGAUCACAGACGGUUGUUUAUUUAACUUGAGAACAAGCAGUGUCUUAAAAAAGCACACUUGUCUUUCAGGUGCAGAUUCAGUUUACAGUCUUUUGCAAACAUAGUCAAUGUCUUUCACUUUUUCUCCCAUUAAAACUGCAAUUAAAACUGCAAAACUCAGCGUAAUUUAUUGGGUUUUUAAUUAAUGGAAAUAGUUCAAAAUUGUGAAUUGAACAAUUUUUGCAAGUAAAAAUGUGAGAGAUGUGCUAUGCAUAUGUAUUCAGUCCCUGCUGAAGACAACCAUCCCCACAGCAGAAUUCUGCCACCACCAUGUUUCAAUGUAGGGAUGGUGUGUUUAUGGUGAUGUGCAAGUUUUACUUCACACAGAGUUUUGCAUGUAGGCCAUUAAGUUUAAUUUUGUCCUCAUUAGAGCAGAGCAUCUUCUUCAUCAUUCUGUCAUCAAACCUCUGAGGCCUUCACUGAACAGCUGUGUUUAGGCUGAUUUUUUAUUUGGGGUUAAGGGAUUGAAUAUACAUGAAUGUCUUACUUUUUAAAUUAUUUGUAAAAAAAAAAAAAUACAUUGAAAAAGGUGUUUUUUUUCCAUUUCACAAUAUUUGUCUACAUUGUGUUGGUCCAUCAAAUUAAAUCCCAAAUGAAAGACAUUGAAGUUUGUGGAUAUACUGUGAAAAAAUUUGAAAAAGUUAAAGUGACAUAAAUACUUUUUCAAAGCUCUGUAUCUGAUGUCACAAUUUGUGUGUCUAGACUAAUAUUUUAAAGUCUUUUGCUAUUUGAAAAAGAGAGACAUCUGUUUGAGGCAGGUUGCUGACUUGAGUUUAUUGUUUUCUGGGGAAUACUUGGGAACAAGUAAUUUCUAAAGGUAGAAUAUAUGACAGCUUUCCAGACCCAUAAUCAUGUUCUUUUAAAAAACGAUUUCGGUUUUUCUUUAAUGAUUUGUAACCAGAUGACCUGCAAUGCAUUUCUUGAAUGUUAAUGAUGUCAUAUCUUUUUAUUUAACAUGAAUCAUGGAUUUCCUCUGGGUAUUACCUGGUGUCAGAAAUUCUCAUGUUAAUUCACCUUAAUAAACUUGUUUCUUGAUAGAAACUCAAAAGAAAGAUGUGACAUGUCUUUAAAUGAUAUUUUUUCUCACAUUCAGUUUAUCAGAGUGAAGGAUAAAAUGACUGUCGCAGGUUAUAUUUGCCUUUUAAUGCUGAUAUUAAAAGUGCUCAUACUGUCAACUACUAUGCCAAAUUGUGUGUCUUGUACCAUUUAAACAGGCAUUCACUGUUUAAUCUUUGAGUCAAAGUAACUAUCUGAAACUGCAAUAAAGUUUAAUUUUGAACAAAA